CUGAAAACGUGACUGCGCGUUACCGUGAACAGAUUUGUGACUGUACUGAGUCGUCGCCGACAACCUUUUUGCUUCUCGUCUUCGACUUCACGCGGGAAAAUGUUCCUCGGCGCAUGCACGCCCCUUGUAGACUGCCGUCCGUUUCCGUCGACUCCUUCUACGCUCUAAUUGCCGGCAGCUCCGUCUGCCCAACUUCUUCUUCCGCCCCUCCAUUUGCCGCCCUUCGCGAGUUCCCGUAUCCGUAUCCAUGACGAAUUUGCCUUCACAAAUGGCUUCUGCGGAGCACGCGACGGACGCAACCACAACGACCGCCGCUGAUACCGCGGCGAGCGCCGGCGGCGACGCACAUGCGGACCCGUCGCGCGCGCAGAGCGAGUCACCAAAGUUGGAUAUGGACGAACAAGCGACACUCGACCUCCUCGCCACCGCGCAGAACCAAGAAGACCUUGAGCGCAACAUAGGCCAGCAAGCCGAACAAUUGCUCCUAUCUCAGGCCGACGAGCGCGAUGCCAAGCGUCUGGAGAAAGUCGAGACGCAGCAUCGACGGCUUCGGUCGCAGCUGAAAAAGGUGGAUCAGCGACUUGCCGCUCCUGGAGGGUCGAGGACGACGACUCUGUUGUUAGCGGAGAAGGAGAAGCUGGAGGUCGACAUCCGGACUGCGGAGGCCGAGAUCGAAGGCAUCAGGAGGCGCAUGGACGAACGGAGACGGGAGAUCGAGCAGAAGGAUGGCCAGGAAAGCGCCCAGGGAGCAGGGCAGCGUCCCGGCGAAAGUAGGAGGGACUUCUUGAUCCGCACUGGCAAGAUCACGCCCUUCUCCAGGAUGCCACACACCGCUCGCCUGUCUUCCAACUUGGCGGACGUCAUGCUUGAGGCCGAGGCGACGGAAGGGUCGGAGCUUGACAGCGAGGAUGCGGACGCCGAGCGAGAUCUCGAAAAAUCCGCGGGCCCGCGGUCACAUCAAGUGCUGAGACGACCAGGCUUUGCAGAUUACCCGACCCCUGACUCCGCUGUCCCGGGACGGCCCACGUCGCAGAAGCCGGCAAAGAGGAGGAGACUGAAGGCGGGACGCGAGAAGGGACGUGACCGUCGAGUGGGAGAAAGCACCGCGUCCGACGAUGAGUUUGAGCCAGAUUCAGACGAACAGCUCUCUGAUUUCGGAUCGUCUUCAUCAGACUUCGAUCUCGAAGCUGAGCGGGUUCUUGCUUCUGAACCCAUGCGCAAGCGGAAGAGACAGACGAAGACACAGCGACAGCGACGGCAGCGAGACGCUGAAGAAGAGGAAGAAGUUGCCGACGAUCUUGCGGGGUUGGACGACGGCAAUGACAACGUGUAUCAGACACGAGUCCGCACCUGGGUCAAGAAGCGAAGCGCUGCGCGACGACAUGCUAAACAAGCUCGACGAGAAACUGCUGCGCCUGUCUCGGAAAGCGAGGGGGAUAGUGAUGAGAACGAGUCCACGGAAGAGUGGCACAAGCCUCAUCCAACACUCCCCGACACCGCCCUCGACGGUGGCUUCCGUAUCCCUGGCGAUAUCUACCCUUCCUUAUACGACUACCAGAAAACCGGCGUGCGCUGGCUGUGGGAGUUGUACUCGCAACACGUCGGAGGCAUCGUCGGCGACGAGAUGGGACUCGGCAAAACCAUUCAGGUCAUUUCCUUCCUUGCGGGCCUGCAUUACUCCAAAAUGCUGAACAAACCCGUCAUCAUCGUGUGUCCUGCCACAGUCAUGAAGCAGUGGUCGAACGAGUUUCACACCUGGUGGCCUCCCCUGCGCGUCUCCAUCUUGCACAGCUCCGGCAGUGGCAUGAUGGACUUGCGCCACGAGGAAGAGCUCGAGGACGAGCUCGACCACAGAGACUGGAACGAGGACCGGCCACGCCGGGGCAAGAAUCACAAGACGGCCAAGAGGAUUGUCGAUCGUGUCUGCAAGGACGGCCACGUGCUGGUCACAACAUACUCUGGCCUGCAAACCUAUUCCGAUCUGUUGAUCGACGUUGACUGGGGCUACGCCGUGCUCGACGAAGGCCACAAGAUCCGCAACCCGAACACGGCAAUCACGAUCUACUGCAAGGAGCUGCGGACGCCCAAUCGCAUCAUCCUGUCCGGCACGCCAAUUCAAAACAACCUCACCGAGCUGUGGUCGCUCUUCGACUUUGUGUUCCCCAUGCGCCUGGGCACCUUGGUCAGCUUCCGCACGCAGUUUGAAACGCCGAUCCGGAUCGGCGGUUACGCCAACGCGUCGAACUUGCAGGUCGAAACCGCCAUGCGAUGCGCUGAAGCCUUGAAAGACACGAUCAGUCCGUACUUGCUUCAGCGAUACAAGGCCGACGUUGCGGCUGAUCUGCCAAAGAAGGUCGAGAGGGUGCUGUUCUGCGACAUCACGGCUCUUCAGCGUCAGCAGUACCAGAUAUUCCUAGACUCCGAGGAGAUGAAGUCUAUUCUAGCCGGGAAGCGCCAUUCGCUGUACGGCAUUGACAUCCUGCGCAAGAUUUGCAAUCACCCGGAUCUCCUGGAUCACAAACGCGCGUCCGGGAAGGUCAACUACGGCGAUGCCUCCAAAUCUGGCAAGAUGCGCGUCGUAAAGGGCUUGCUUGAGAUGUGGACCAAGGCUGGCCACAAAACACUGCUCUUUGCCCAGCACCGCAUCAUGCUGGACAUCUUAGAGAAGUUCGUGCGAACAAUGGAUGGUAUACGUUACCGUCGGAUGGAUGGCAACACGUCGAUCAAGGAGCGGCAGGACCUGGUUGACGAAUUCAACAACGACCCCGACAUCCACGUCUUUCUGCUCACGACAAAAGUUGGCGGUCUAGGCGUAAAUCUCACCGGCGCAAAUCGCGUCAUCAUAUAUGACCCUGACUGGAAUCCCUCGACCGAUAUCCAGGCUCGCGAGCGCGCGUGGCGCCUUGGUCAGAAACGCGAAGUAGAGAUCUACCGCCUGAUGACGGCGGGCACGAUCGAGGAAAAGAUCUACCAUCGUCAGGUGUUCAAGCAGGUGCUAACGAACAAAGUGCUCAAAGAUCCGAAGCAACGACAGACGUUCCACCUGAGAGAGCUGCACGAUCUCUUCACUCUUGGAGACAAGAACGACGGAACUGAGACGGGCUCGCUGUUCAAAGGCACGGAGCUGAAGCUAGCAAAGAGACCGGCUGUGGCCGCGUCUUCUGAAGAUCACGAGAAGAAGGAUGGUCAUGAAGCGAACCCACCUGACCGGCAGGUCGAGAACGUGCAGGGAAUCGCGCGGCAAGAAGAGUAUCAAAGCACGGAAGAGAACAACACGCACGGGGACGGCGAAGGGAGCGGCGAGGACAAAAUCCUGUACGCCAUCUUUUCCAAGUCAGGAGUCCACUCCGCACAUGAGCACGACGCCAUCAUCGCUGGAUCCUCGGCAAGGUCGAACAAAGUCGAAGCUGAUCCGGAGAUGAUCACCAGGGAAGCGAGGAGGGUUGCUUCGCUGGCAGCUCAAGAGUUGGUCAGAGCUGGCGAGCUGGCGAGACAUGUGCCUGCGGGGGUGCCGACCUGGACGGGGACAUUUGGCGUCUCCGGCAGGCCUGAGGAACGACCUCGGCCCUUCGCCGCCGGUCGAGGUGCUGGGCCUGGGCGCGGGCGCGGACGCGGCGGCGGUCCUUCAAGUUCGUCUGUUCUUGGAAACCUCGCUGCGCGCCAGACGACCAGCUUACCGUCCAACCCUGACCGUAGCGGAACAGGCAGCCCCGUGCCCGGCCAGCAGCCGCGCGGGAAAGACUUCAUGAUCCUCAUCCGCGACUACAUACGCGCGCACGGCGGCAGCGUGUACACCAAGAUGUUGAUCGACCAUUUCAAUCGGUACUGUGGCACGGAGCAGCGCACGGCCGAGUUCAAGGAGAUGCUGAGGAAGAUUGCGACGUUGGAGAGGAAUCCGGCCGGGCGCGGGCAGGGAGGCAGGGGUAAGUGGGUUCUGAAGGAGGAAUUCAGGAAUUGACGCCGCGCCUUCGAGCGACGGAGGCGCGUCGGCCGUCUUUGCGAAUAUCGCACACAAGACUCACCGGCAAACACCGCAGGCAAAGGUCAGGCAUGCGUGGGCUUUGCAACACGACGGCCGUUGCGAAAAAAAACGAUCUUGUAGAAACCCGUCUUUGUUCGGGAAGCACGUGUUUGAACCAUGCAAUUAGAACGUGGGAGGCGUGGUUGCCUCUCAGCAAUGAAU